GGAUAACACACGCACACAUAACACACACACACUACCGCUCUAUAAAACCCCAGACACUCACACUCACACACACACACCGACACACAAACACACAGCGAGCUCUUUAGUGCGGAGGAGAAACUUUCUACCUGAACCAUCAUGGGCGUCAUCAUCUCACGAAUCUUCUCCAGGUUCACCUCGAAGACACCUGUCCGGAUUUUAAUGGUGGGUCUGGAUGGAGCAGGUAAAACCACACUGCUGUACAGACUGAAGCUGGCCGAGGUCGUCACCACCAUCCCAACCAUUGGUUUUAAUGUGGAGACAGUGGAGUAUAAUAACAUCAGUUUCACAGUUUGGGAUGUUGGUGGCCAGACUGUCAUCAGGCCUCUGUGGAGACAUUACUACACUAACACACAGGGUUUGAUCUUUGUGGUCGACAGCAACGACCCCGAGAGGAUUAAAGAGGCUGGAGACGAGCUGCACAGGAUGUUGGAGGAGGACGAGCUGAGAGGCGUGGCCAUUCUGGUUUUCGCUAACAAGCAGGAUUUGCCCAGAGCCAUGUCCGUCAUUGAUGUCACCACGGCCCUGGGCCUAUCAGCGAUCUCACAGCCGUGGUAUGUCCAGUCGUCCUGUGCCGUCAGUGGUACAGGUCUGGUCGAGGGUCUGGACUGGCUCUCCAACCGGAUCCUGAAGCAGUAGGAGCUGAAGUGAAGCUCUGGAUUGUUCCUUUUCCUGCUGAGUCUUCAAAGACAAAAGGCUUUCUCCUGUGAACUGAGCCGAGACUGUGAAUCCAGGAGAGACACAACAAAGUGAUCCCACAUACAUUAAAUCCAGCUUUCCGCAAAGACAUUUUACUGCUGCGUUCACAAGCACGUAGGAAAACCCUGUAGAUCCCAGCUCUUCCAGAAAACACACUACAGAUUGUACCAUGUUCAUGGCACAUUAAAAGAAUCAUAAAGAUGUGGUGAAAUGUCAGAGCAACAAUCUGAGACUAGGGAAUUACAUUUAUUAACUUAAAAUGAACCUGCAGCAGGUCAUUUUGGCUUUCAGUUCUCAAAAACAGAUCAAUUUUAUCACCUCAAACUGCUGUUGAUCUGCAGUGAAAAGCCUAAAAAGUGGAAAACAUCUGUGCCUCUAAAACCCUCACGUUAAUGUACAAUGUAAACAGAGCUUCAGGCUUUUGAGUUGUUGUCUCUGCCAUCAGAAAGUGUCGAGAGGAGUCGAUGAUAAGGAGCUAAGGCGAUAAGGAGCCACUGAUGAUGUCAAAACUGUUUAUACUUCCAACAGGUCGAAGACAGAUGUAAUGUUUUAGACCCGUCCUUUCCAACCUUUUGAGCUUCUUAUGCCUCAAAAUAAAGUGGCGUCUACUCGUGUGAGGUCAUGACCUUAAUGUGGACAUGAGAGAAGGAUUUUUCCGUCUCUGUUUCAUUCGAAAAAAUAGAGAAAAAUCAGAUCUAUCACAUUAUUUUGUGUCACAGAGGUUUCUGGUCAUCCCAUAAAUAUAUUUCUUUGACUGGCGGGUGGGUCAUUUUUAUGGGAAACACAUUUGAACUGCAGUGAUUAUUUUCAUCUUUUCAUCUCUUGAGGGAUUGUAAGCAUUAACAUAAAAUUAAUCUCUUAUCUGUCAUUAAUGAUGUUAGGCUUGAAAUAAACUUAAUGACUUCUAUUAUAAGUCAAUUAUAUGUUUCCUGUAACAGUUUCUUCGUCACAUGAAGAAACACAUGAUUAAAACUGUCCUGCUGGUUUUGUUGGGUAAAUUUACUGUAUAAUUGUUUUAUGUUGCUAUUUGAAUAAUCAGCUGAGAUUCUUUUCUGUUGCUUCACAUGUAAGGUAAG